UCUUCUUCUUUCUUCCCGCUGCAGCCCGAAAUCCCCCCUCCAAGCCGCCGGCACCAGCUUUGAAAAAUUGGUGAGAAAGCUUGGAAUUUCUCCUUCUUUCUUGUCCAAGAACCUGAUUUGGAACCCAGAAAUCUUCCCCCCUUGCUGGAAAUUCCAGAUCUGCCUUGCUCUGCUUGUCUUCACCGCCGGCUGCUAUGUGGGUGGGUGAUUUCUAGGCAUUUUUUGGGUAAGAAACAGCCAUUAAAUCCCUUUGUUUUUCCUUGAAUUGCCUUGGGUUUGCCUUAAUUGCUCUUGUUCCUCCAAUUUUUUGGGUAAACCCGUGAGCUUUCCCUGCAGCUUGCCGCUGGCCUCUUCCCCCCUGCAGCUCCGGUUUCUACAGCUGGAGAAUUAUGGUUCCUGAUCGUUCUGUCAGUUAGCACUGAGAUUGAGUGCUCGGUUUUAUGCGAGUGAGGAAGUGAAACCGAGGACGGGGAAACCACGGGAAGUGACGAGUUAGAAAGCUAGCCAUUUCGAGAUUGAUAUAGAUUUUAGAAAUAAAUCAUGAUUUGGUAAACUCGAGUGUAUUGGAGAUUUUGAUGGUAUCAGAGCAGAUUUUAAAGAUUUGAUCUUCAGAUUUUGGUGGUAUCAGAGUACAUUAUGAUAAGUUCCGAGCCUUGUGCAUUUGUGGGACUCGUCUCACGAGUGCACGGCGUCUGCCACGUCCCCAGAUUUGGGUUCUGGGGCGUGACACAAAUAGGGAGAAUCAAUGUGUUGUCAGGUUCGGAAAAUCACAUAGAAGUAUGCAAAGGAAUGUGAAGAUUUCUCCAUUAUAAGUUAGUAUGAGGUCUGAACCAUGAGGCCAUGUGCAAAGACUGUAAUAAAAACUAACCAUAUAA